UAACGAUGCAUCAACACCUUCGAAAGAUAUCGAUGGCUACCCAUAUUUUUCACGUUCAAAUGCCAGAUAGUACAGCUGCAAGCUAUGGGGUGAGGUGAUCAAAUUCAAAACCAAGCUAACUGGGCUAGUUUGGUUUAAAUGAUAUGGAGAAAAUGAAGCUGUACGGCCUCUCAUUCAGCAGCAAUUGCAGUGUGGCUGUUUCACACACAACCUCCAACACAGUCGGCCAUUAAAUGCAUCCCCCUAAUCUCUCUCUCUCUCUCUCCCUCUCCCCUACCCCCUCUGUAUUUUUAUUUCAAAUUUUUUUAGUACCAUUUAUUGCCUUUGGAUCCAUUUCUAUAGAUCUUCACGUGUUGGUUGGAUCUCCUUUAUUAUUGACGCUGCCCUUUUUGGUCUAAAAAUCAUAUCACUCGCAAACCUACAAGAUUAAUUCUUUCUAUCUACACAGUUUCAAGCUUCAAUCUUUCAGACAGUUCCUCAUGUGUGCAUAAGGGUUUAGCUUUAAGGGUGGGAAUUAAAAUCAGGGGAGUUAGAAAAUGGGAACCAGAGAAAUCAAGUCACCUGAAGGAGGGCUAGUGACACCAGCUAGUUUAGAUGGAAAUCCUGACUCAAAUCACAGAAAGAAGCUUGGACUUUACUUCAUUGAAUCCGAUGACAGACGGACGGCUUUCGGACGGGGUUAUACUGGAGGAACUACACCAGUUAAUAUCCAUGGCAAACCUAUUGCUGAUCUUUCAAAAACGGGUGGUUGGAUUGCUGCCUUCUUCAUAUUCGGAAAUGAAAUGGCAGAGAGAAUGGCUUAUUUCGGUCUCUCAGUGAACAUGGUGGCCUUCAUGUUCUAUGUUAUGCAUAGGCCCUUCAGCAGUUCAUCAAAUGCGGUUAACAAUUUCCUUGGGAUAUCACAAGCUUCCUCUGUCCUUGGUGGGUUUCUGGCUGAUGCAUAUCUUGGCCGAUAUCGGACAAUAGCAAUCUUCACAACCAUCUACCUUGCGGGCUUGACAGGAAUAACCUUAUGUGCUACAAUGGACAUUUUGGCGCCAAAACAAGACCAUUGUGAUCAGCUGGCCCUCCUUUUGGGCGAGUGUGAGCCUGCAAAACCAUGGCAGAUGAUGUACCUCUACACUGUUCUCUACAUAACUGGAUUUGGAGCUGCUGGUAUAAGGCCAUGCGUUUCUUCUUUUGGGGCAGACCAGUUUGAUGAAAGAAGUAAAGAUUAUAAGUCUCACCUGGAUAGGUUUUUCAACUUCUUUUACCUUUCUGUCACCAUUGGGGCAAUUGUGGCCUUUACUGCGGUAGUCUAUAUCCAAAUCAAACUUGGUUGGGGAUUUGCCUUUGGGUCACUGGCAUUAGCUAUGGGCAUAUCAAACUUGGUAUUCUUUAUUGGUACCCCUCUAUACAGGCAUAGACUUCCAGGAGGCAGCCCUCUAACGCGCGUUGCUCAAGUUUUGGUGGCUGCAUACAGGAAGAGGAACGCGCCUUUUUCUAGCAGUGAGUUGAUAGGCUUGUAUGAGGUUCCUGGAAAACAAUCUGCUAUAAAGGGCAGUGGAAAGAUAGCUCACACCAACGAUUUUAGAUGUUUGGACAAAGCAGCUCUGCAGUUGAAGGAGGAUGGUGUAGACCCAAGUCCUUGGAGGCUUUGCACUGUGACUCAAGUAGAGGAAGUGAAGAUCCUUUUGAAACUUAUUCCAAUACCAGCUUGCACAAUAAUGCUGAGUGUAGUCUUGACAGAGUAUCUGACUCUCUCAGUCCAGCAGGCGUACACUUUAAACACCCAUAUGGGUCAACUUAAACUCCCAGUAACAUGCAUGCCAGUGUUUCCUGGCCUCAGCAUAUUUCUUAUACUGUCCCUCUAUUACUCUACAUUUGUUCCGCUGUCCCGGCGCAUCACCGGUCACCCUCAUGGAGCUUCUCAGCUUCAGAGAGUGGGCAUAGGCUUGGCAGUCUCAAUCCUAUCUGUGGCAUGGGCUGCGAUUUUCGAAAGGUACCGAAGAAAAUAUGCAAUAGAGCAUGGAUAUGAGGGUAGUUUCUUAAGUGCAAUGUCAGACCUCAGUGCAUUCUGGUUGUUGAUCCAAUAUUGCCUCAUUGGCAUAGCUGAAGUGUUUUGCGUAGUGGGGUUGCUAGAAUUUCUAUAUGAAGAAGCCCCAGAUGCCAUGAAAAGUAUAGGCUCCGCUUACGCUGCUCUAGCCGGGGGUUUAGGUUGCUUCGCAGCCAGUAUAUUGAACAGCAUCAUCAAAUCUGUCACAGGAAGCUCAGAGAAGCCAUCUUGGCUGUCCCAGAACAUUAACACUGGCAGAUUUGAUUAUUUUUACUGGCUGCUCACAGUUUUGAGUGUCAUCAAUUUCUGCGUUUUUCUAUAUUGCGCACGUAGGUACAAGUACAGGACAGAGCAGGGGGUUAAGACGGAGAAGCAGGUUCUAGCCAACAUAAAAGAACAACCCCUCAGUGGAUAGAUAGCAUUAAUUGGAUGAAAUGUCGUUUUCCCACUAUAUUCCCAACUUUUAAUUUUGCUACUUGUUUGAACAAAACUCAGAUUUACAAUAAGCAAAGCAGGAAUUACAGUUUGUGUUU